CUUGACUCCAUUCACUUUCAAAGACAUCACAUCCUCAUUGGCGCUGAAAGAUCAAAACAACCGCCAACAUGACAACUAAACCACUUCUCCUGGCUGCUCUGGCUCUCUGCUGCUGCAUCGCCACUCUGCAUGCUUCUCCCAGGCAGUGGUGUCGCUGCAUACGGACGUCCUCUUCUCCCAUUAACAGGCGUGUCAUCCAGAAAAUUGAAGUGAUUCCUAUUUCAGGACAAUGUCGCCAGACUGAAAUCAUAAUCACCAGGAGAAACGGCUCUAAAGUUUGUGUCAAACCAAACGAGAAGUGGAUUAUCGACCUGCUCUGCAAUUUGCAAACGAACAAUUUCACAUCCAACUCAACCACUGUAUCACCCACUGCUUCCACAAUCAACUGAUCACAUUUUAUAGUAACAUUUGACAUAGGAAUGGCUUAAUUUAAGUUUAUCAAGCUGUGAAUUUAAUGUAGGAGGGCUGAGCUGCUGUCCAGCCCUUUUAUUUCAAACUUUAUACUAUUCAACACCUUCAGUUGACAGUUUUUUUCAUUACUAUUAGCCUUUCUGGUGCCAGCCUUUUGGAAAAAUGCUAAUAAUUACACAACAAGUGUAAUCAGUGCUUCAUCAUAUGCCUGAGGUAAUGGCAUUUAACUUUGCUGUUUUAGAUGUAUAAUGUUUUGUUGGGGAAUUCAUUAAAAAUACAUUGUGGUACUGAUACACUGAUUCUACUUUAAAAUAAAACACUUUAAAUGUG